GUUGGAUUGUGCUGAUGACCGGGUCGGUGUGAUUGGUCACCUCUGCGUAUUUGAGGAUGACUGUCACCCCGCAAGGUUGUGUGCUUUUAAACUGCAGCUCAGACCGCACAGCUGUUGGGGAACGAGAUCAACGAGGUGAGCCGAACCGAACCGAACCGAACCCAGCAGACCAGAGAGGAAUUAAGAGAGGACGAGGAGAGAGGAAACACAGAAUCAUGACUCUGCCAACUGUGCGACAACUUUUUCUUUUAUGUUUGUUCUGGUUUCUUGGAUCUUGGAGCACAACAGAUGCCAGUCCUUUCGAUCAGUGGGAAGAUGGGAUAGUGUUGAGAAAGGUGCCCGGCAUCCAAAGCGGUGAUUUGAGUGAUGUUUUGUGGAGAGACCAGAAUGAGGAGCAAGUCCAGAAUGUUUUCAAAAGAUUCCUGUUUCAUUACUCUAAAGCACGUAACUCUGUCGGAGCUGUACAGCAUGAGGUGAACAGAGGGACAAACGAACCACUGUCUCACUCUGUUCAUCCUUUGAUGCGACUUUCCCCCAAGCUUUCCCAGAGGAGAAAUAAGAAGGUGGUACUUUUGAAGAUUCGAGGUCUGCCGGAGGUGAUGUUGUAGAAGAAAAAUCUACAAAAACAGAAAUCAGGCUUAAGAGAAGAAGAGCCACAGGGAGCCUCUGAACUUCACACCUAAAAUCGACUGGUGGAGCGACAUACAGCAUCUCUGACAUGUCUCUAGACAGAAACAUGACUUUUGUUAACAGAAAAUAAAUUACUGUACAGAUGGAAAAAAUAGAACUGCAUUGCCAUGUGUCUUCCUGCUUCUAAAUGUCGAUUGGUGUGAGUCAAUGUGAACUGCUCCCAAGCACAAAUAUGGCAUGUUGCACUGUUACACAAGACAUGGGUGUCACCCAAUACAAUCGAACACACUCAAAAUAAUCUCUUAAGCAAGUUCUUUAUAAUCAACAGUGACACAGAUUCCAAAAAAAUGAGAACUUGCACAGAUUAUUGUGGCAAAGAGGUAAACUCACAUUUAAUUUAACAGAUUUAAAUGUACGUGUACAUUUUCAACUAUCAUGAAACAUAAUAAAAAAGUUAAAAUUUG